GGAAGCCUCUGCUGGAACAGGCUCCUGACAGGGCCUGUGGCCUAUGGAGAGAGGAGCCCAUGCUGGAGCAGUGAUUCUGGGAUACUGAGUCCUCCCCUGAGGAGAAGGGAGUGGCCACAGCCACCAUUCUCUGUUGUCCUGUCCUGCUGCUGGGGAAGAGGGAGAAAAAUUGGAAGUGGAGUGCAGAAAGAAGGCAUGGGUUGUUACUAAUAGUGAUAUUUUUCUCUGGGGUAUGGACUCAAGAGACACCAGGACCCAUGAGUUCAGAGUGCUUGGGGGACCUUCUGAGGAUAACACUGAAUGCAGAAUACUUUGAAGACAAAUAUUUAUCUCUUUUUGUUGUUGAUCAGUCUGGCACAGCCUGGGAGCUCAAUGAGGCCGUGGCAGCACAGUGUGGCUUUACAGUAACCUACACCAGCUGGAGGAGCAUUCAGCUCCGUGCUUCUGCGCUGAGCUGCCAUUCUCACUUGGAGAAAGAUGUGUUCACAGUAACUAUACAAAUCAAAGCAUCUCACAGUCCUGACAUGAGCAAUGCUACAAUUCAUCUGAAAAGUGCAAGUUGCCAUUAUGGUCCGUGGAGCCCCAGAGAGAUAAUAUGUGAAAAUAACUACAUGGAGGUUUCUGUCAGGAGGGACGUUCCACAGACUAUAAAAGACUUUGUUCGAGAUGAACCUGAGGACUGGACUCUUGUAUUUCCAGAAGUAAAACUACAGGCAAAGGCAGAAGAAGCCUCAAUAUGGCAAAUAGCAUUUCACCAGCCAGAAGAAAAAACAGCUCUGCUUGUGAGCAAUGCUUGGACUGCAGGUUAUGGACUCACUGCCACAGACUCCAGGGUUCUGCUGCGAGUGCCAUACACUGCUGCCCAGGUUCAGCUGGUCGAGGAUCAGGGAAUUACCUUUUCUCUGCUGAGAUCAAGUACAUUUUACAAAUACCAGUGGGUGAUCCUGAUGGUGGAUACUGCUGUGGCAUGUCCUGUAGAUGGAGUGGACUACACGAACCAAACAAUCACCUGGACUGUUCCAAAGUAUAUUCCACCACUCUCUGCUGGAAUGACAAGCUUUAAGGAUGUGCUUGUGGAAGCUGGUGUGGAUCUACACAAACUCUCUGCCAAGGAAAUGGCUUCCAGGAAAUAUGUGUUAUUGAAUGAGUUAACAGCAAUUACAAUGAAGAUUCCAAUAGGUGCAGAAGGUGGUUAUUACAAGACUUCUGUGAGCAAUGGACAGCUUGGGGUAAAAUACACCAUCAACUUGUUCUUGGAACACCAGUGGGAAGACGACAAAUGGGGACUAAACAAACAUACUAUCAUCAAGGAAAUAGAAACACCAUUUGAACAAGUGGAAGUUGCUAUAACCAGUAAUUUAAAUCUGAGUGCAAGGCUAAUGAAUGUUACAGUGGGAACAUUCCUCCCGGAUGCUGAACUUGUGAACUUAACCAUUGAAGGGGUUGUUGUGGCUGUACCUGCAGCUGUUCAGCAUGGCUACCUAAUACGCAGGACCAGAUAUGUUAAUGGAAGCAAAGCAUAUGUACUACAAGUCCCACUUGAUGCACCAAGUAUUAAAAAAGAGUACAUGGGAGAGGACAUGAGAGCAUACACCCUGAAUGUCACACUCGCAUUCAUCACCUAUCCAUCAAGUGAGACUUUUGCUGUCCCAGUAAUUGUACUGUCAGCUGUGAAAGAUGCAGUACUGCCCAGUGCAACAGGGUUUUGUGAUGGGAAGAACCUUCAUCUCAUUAUCACUCGUGGGAAUGUGGACCAAAACUGGCUGCCUUUCAUCUCAGACUGGCACCUGACCCAAGAGGCUGCACAGAAGUACAACUACAUUCUGAGGGACAAUGGCACUCACCUGGCAAUCUCUGUCCCUUUCCUUUCUCCCCAUGUGAGCUAUGAGGCCUUUCAUAUCUCUGCAAUAAAGGCUUCAUUCUACUUAACCUUGAAGGAUGACAUCACCUUGGCUCAGAGGAGAGACUUCUCAGUUUCCUGCAUAUUUUCACCUUCAGAGCUAAUACAGUGCCUGCCCAAUGGCACUGUGAUCAUUACUGCAAUCAAACUGGUAGGUGGUGAAGACCUGGACACUGCUCUGCUUGUCUUGAGGGACAGGCAGUGCAAACCCAGCCUAGUGACAGAGAAGACUGCAACCUUCAAGUUCGAUGUGAACACUUGUGGAACAAGUAGAAAGUUCAACAGCACAACUAGGACAUAUGAGAACGAGGUACUCUAUUUCAGACCUGGCAGUGAUAUUCCCAUAUACCAACUGAAAUUUCUCUGCUUGUAUGCAGUCAAGCAGACUGCUGAUGAUCAAUAUGAAUCUUUGAAGAACCCACCACCCAGUAUUAAGCCACGGUCUGGCUGCCUGGCUCUUUCACUGAAGCUUUUCAAAGAGAAAUCCUAUUCAGAGCCCUACCAGGAAUCAGAAUACCCUGUAGUAAAAUACCUGAGGGAGGCUCUGUAUUUUGAAGUUGAACUGCUCCAGCCUAAAGAUGCAAGACUGGACCUAAACCUGGAUGAUUGUUGGGCAACCAACUCCCAAAGCCAGGACAGCCUCCCCCAGUGGCACAUCGUUAUAAAAGGGUGUGAAAACAACCAAGACUCCUACAGAACUGUCUUCCACAAAGUUAAUUACAGCCUCAGAGUAAAAUUUCCCCAGCACCUCAAGAGAUUUGAAGUGAGGAUGUCCACCUUUGUCCAGGACACGUCUCUGUUGCAAGAGCAGUUGUAUUUCCACUGCAGUGUGGUGAUCUGCAAUACUAAGCAACAGCCUUUAGACCUCUUUUGUCCAAGGAGAUGCAAUCCUGGAAAACACAGAUUUGCCCACAGUGCACAUCCACAUGGGCAAGUGUCAUCUGGACCAGUGCUUGUUAGGAAGCAAUAAGAAGAGGUGAAUGCACCAACUUCUCACAGACUAAACAAGAACUACUUAAUUUUAUGAAGUUGCAGUUAGAUGGCCUAAGCAAGCACAGCCUGCUGCCCAGAUUCACAAGUAAAAUUGUUUCUGUGGUAUCUACUGGGAAAAUAGAUUAUCAGAGUCUAUGGAGAAAAGGGUCAGUUAAUAAAUAUUGGGUCUAACUCUAAGUUAAA